AUGAGCACUAUAUCUGACGGUCUUGACGAUCUACACAUUGUGUGCGAGCCGCGCGAUGUUGUAGCGAAUAUUAUCGCCAUACAUGGAUACAAUGGGGAUUGGAAGUCAACGUGGACUAGCUCAUCCGCACCGGUUUUCUUCUGGCUGAAAGAUGGCCUCGUCGUCGACCUCCCACAUCACCGAGUUUUGAGCUUCGCGUACGACCCCACUGUUUCGAAAAUUGAGGCCGCCUCGUCGAGACUACUGUGGGCCCUCGACGUCAAAUUUCAAUCUCGAGAGUCUCGCUCCCUACCGAUCAUUUUCAUCGCAGAAGGGUUGGGCGGGAUAGUCGCCAAGUUAGCAAUUCUUAAAAGUCCUGUCAGUGAGAGGUACCAGUUCGUUGGAUCCAAUACUCGCGCAACAUGCUUCUUCGGAACUCCUCAUCACGGCUUAUCGAAGGCCAAAACUCUUCAGUUAUCGGUGACGUCGAAAGACUCUGUUUUAGUAGACAGCAUCAAUGAGCAAUUCAGCCAUUUUGUUCCACAUCAACGGUUGAUAAGCUUCUACGAGACGCGCCCAACGCAGCCCUCGAAUUCCGUAGUUUUAGAUAAAGCAU